AUGGAAAUACCAAAUUAUGAUAGUACCGAUGAUCCAGAUAAAAAAUAUAAACAGUUAUUUCCUUUUAUGCCAGCGGAUACGUUUAGAAUGUUAAUCUGUGGAAACAGUGGAAGUGGUAAGACUAAUUUGUUAUAUCAUAUGUUAAUCAAACCACUGUUGCAUUACGAUGAGAUUUAUCUUUACGCACGUAAUCUUGAACAGGAUAAGUAUCAAAAACUCAUAAAAAAAAUGAGGGAGUUGAGUAGUAAAAUUGGAUAUGAAAUACUUCAUGUGAGUAACGAUGAAAUAACCCCGGUUACAGAAAUUGAUUACGAAGACAAUCAAAAACUUGUGAUAUUUGACGAUUACGUUUGUGAUAAAAACCAGAGGUGUCUGAUUGAUUAUUUUAUUCAAGGACGACAUAAAAAUUGUUCUGUGGUGUAUCUCAGUCAAUCAUUUUACAAAACUCCAAAAGAUAUCCGUUUGAAUUGUUCUCACUACUGCCUUUAUGAAUUUCCGUCAUCGCGAGAAGCAAAUCGCAUAUCAUCCGAAUUAGGAGUUAAUAAAGAAUAUUACCACACAGCAACUAAAAAACCGUAUUCAUUUCUAUACGUUGAUAAACCAAAAAAACGCAUUGCAAAAAAUUUUACUGGUAAUAUAAACUAAUAAUAAAAAUGGGAAUAUUCAACGAACAAACUUUUGAUCAUCCUUUUGCUAAAGGAAUUCAGGGUGCUCCAGGAGUUGGAUUUAGUCUAACUGCAGAUGGUAAUUAUGAUAUGAAUAAAAAAAGACUCACAAAUGUUGGAGCACCUAGUAAUAAUACUGAUGCUGCUACAAAAAAGUACGUUGAUGACAAUUCUGGUGGUACACCGACAACAUCACGAUUAACAGUUAACUCAAACAUUAAUAUGAAGGACCAAUAUCGUAUUCUUAACCUAAAAAGCCCGGUUGAUGCAGAUGAGCCAGCCACAAAACAAUACGCAGACAGCACAUUUCUCGACAGAAAUGGUUCAUAUACAAUGAUUGGUAAUCUAAGCAUGAAUAAUAAUAAAAUUAUCAAACUUGGCACACCAACAGUUAAUGAUGACGCAGCAACCAAAAAGUAUGUGGAUGAUAAAUCAAGUGAAUCAGUACCUACUUCAAGGCUAACAAUCAAUUCUAACCUUGAUAUGGGAGAUCAAUACCGAAUAACAAAUCUUAGCACUCCACUGGAUGGGAAAGAACCCCCAACAAAAGAUUAUGUUGACAAUACAUUUCUUGAUAGAGAUGGAUCUUACCCAAUGAAAGGUAAUCUCAAUAUGGCUAAUAAUCGAAUAUUUAACCUACCAGCCCCAAAUGGAAGUAAUCAACCAACACCAUUAGCUUUUACAGAUAUAAAGUAUGUUGCCCGUGAUGGUUCAUCUACAAUGACUAAUAAUUUAAACAUGGAUAAUAAAAAAAUAGUUAACCUUAGACCACCAACAUCAGACACUGAUGGCGCAAACAAAAAGUAUGUGGAUGACUCAAUACCUGAUACCAGUUCUUUUAUAAAAAAAGAUGGAAGUGUAUCAAUGACUGGGAAUCUUAAUCUUGGAAACAAAAAAAUAGUUGGUCUCGCAACUCCAACAUCAAACACAGACGCCGCAACCAAAAAGUAUGUGGAUGAUAACGCAGGUGAUCCAGAUUUAAGCGAUUACUUAGAAAAA